UAUAUUAUAAUGAAUUUAAUUAUGUAUUUGAUGAAUUUUUAAUAAAUAAAAACAUCCCAAAAAUUAUAAUCAAACAAAAAUUGAGACUAAAAAUUUUCAGUUUUUAACAACACCGAUAGGAAUCGGAGAAGAAACAGGAACAGAAAGGUUUGGGAAGGAAGCAGAAAUCGGGGUAGUGUGAGAGACGAGCAUGGCGACGUGUCUUCGCCUUGGGAGAUUUACGACUAUUGAUUCGCUCUCUCUCUUCGUUUCCACCGCUAGAUUCUCCUUUUCUUCAUCAUCUUCGUCGUCGUCGUCGUCGUCGUCGUCAUCGUCCGGUAAGUCCAAGACGGGGAAGAAGCUGAUGGAUCGUCUUUCCGCCGUUAUCGACGCCGUCAAUGAUCGCAAACUACCUCCUGAGCUACGUGGCCAGCGCAGCAAUGUCAGGUCAGAAACUGACAUUAUCAACGUUGUUGAGCAAAGAAUAUGGCAUACCAUGGAAGAAGGGAAGUUUGAGAAUUUGCCAGGCAAAGGCAAGCCGCUUAAGCUCGACACAAAUCCUCAUGCAGAUCCAGCUGAAGACACCCUGUACCGUAUCCUGUCGAAAAACGGAUGUGCACCGGAGUGGGUUGAACUUAACAAAGAGAUUAGAUCUAAAAUAUCUGAAUGGAGGAAGUCCUUGAAGAAAGCUUGGGCUACUAAGUGCAGUGGAGAUCACUCUGAGUGGGUUGAAAGUUCAGAGGCUUUGAAAUCUCAGUUACGAGAAAUCAAUGAUAAGGUUUUCCGUUAUAACCUUAUUGUGCCUUUUGGUCGGCAAAUGUUUGGCCUUAAGUGGGAGAAAGAGCUAGGUUACUUAGAAGAAAAAUGAGAAUCAUUGUUGUUAAAUUUGAGCCAGUUGGUUCACUAUAGUAGAAGAUUAAAAUUUGUUAUUUUCCUGAGAAAAGUCAUGCCAGGCGACUAAUCAACUUGGAACUAGCUUAAGUUAUUCAGUUCAACUAAUGUUGAUUACUUUUAAUUUCUUAGCAUUAUGUUACUGGUUAUGAUUCCUCUUUCAGGCUUAUUAGUAUGGCUAUAUUUAUAUGGUUCAUAACCUCCGAUCAUGUACAUCCCAAGGAUACAAUACAAGUAAAGAUAGUGAAAAUGUAUGUGACUCAACAAUACUAGUUGUCCUGACGAUUGUAUUAUCAGUUUUUGCUUUGAGACAAAUUGUAGACUUCAGUUUUCUCUUUCA